AUGCAAGAAAUCAGCAUCGACUACGUUUCGUGCGUGUUGGCUUUAUGUACGACUUUUGGGAUUUUUGGAAACUUGAACGUGAUUGUUGCUUCGGUUCGAAAAGCGUGAGUUUUUUGUGAACUUACAGUAACUCAAUAUGUAUAACGAAUAGCAAGAAGAUUGAAAAAGCGUUUGCUGUAGGGGGGUUUUGUUAUGUCCUGAGUUUUUUUACAUAUUUAAGAAUCAGUGCAAACUUUUUCUCCGGAUAUUCAAAAAAAUUUGUUAUAACGAGGGUUUCGUAAGCGGAGAGCUGUUGGCGAAUUUUUCACUGUAAUACUAAAAACGAACGUUGUAACGACAAACAUUGUACUAUAUUAAACAGAAAUUGCAGUGAACUUCGUACAACAUGUAGCAUCCUCAUAGCGACAACCGCAUUCUUUGACUUAAUUCAUGAAUGCAGUCAUUACAUUAUGUUUUACGUAAAUUUCUCUUCUUUUUCACCAACGUUACUGCAGUGUUUUCAACUACAAUUUUUCUCAAUGAUUGGCUGCAACGCUGGAGGCAUCUUACUGUUGCUAACCAGCAUUGACAGGCUUUACUGUAUCUUACGACCAAUAGACUAUAAAAAUAUUAAUGGUGCGUUGGAGCUGACAGUUUGCAUUACAAUAGCUGUAUCAUAUGCGUUAUGGCUAAACUAUGAAGCUUAUUCGAGCUUACUGCCAAUUCAAGACCAAACUACCAUAUGUGGCUUGCCGUCAAGCUUCAAGAAUCGUGCGGAGCAAAUGUUUUCUUUAUGUACAGCUUUUAUCAAUUUUUUAACUUUGCUGAUAUAUGCAACUAUUUGGUUGUACGUUAAGAAGAUAACAAAGCAAAGAAUACCGUCGUUAUUGAGAAGUAUCGCAGCUGUUGCUAUUUGUGGUGUUGGUGGAUGGUUGCUAAGUUUCACACUAUUUGUUGCUGCCUUAGCUUCUAUGAAAAUUGUACCAGAGCAGUUGGUGAUGUAUUUGGGGUUACCGAUUAAUAUCAGUAUUACAUUGAACUAUCCCAUAUAUUUUUUAAUGAGGUAAGUUGGUCCGAACUUUCAAUAGGCAUGCUUAUAUACAGAAAUACUUAGGUAAAAGUUCAAAAACUAAAACGAUGUAUUAUUUCUCAGAUGCCCAAGAAACAUACUGCUCCAACUUUUUCUUCUUACUUUGUUUUUAACAUAUCUGUUUUACAUAGAUUAAAAACAUAAACCUAUAAGAACGUAUUAAUACAUGUCGGCUAGUUUUGUGCACCGUAGGGGUUUUGUCAACUUCCGUAAAAAUAAGCAAAAACAAGACUAAUAAGGCAAAAUAAAGAAUGCACUGAAGUAUGUAAACAAUGGCGUGUAAAUUCUAAUAAGCCCUAACAUAUUUAUGCUUACAGAGUAUUAGCUGUAUAGUGCAGGAAAUAUUAGUACUUAUAAUGCAGGAAAUAAUAGUACUUUACCUCUAAGCAAUAGAAAAGUCAGAGAAGUUUGUUUUUAACAAAUAAGACGACAUUAAAAUUAAUAAAUUAAUCAUUUUUAGUUCAGUCAAAAGUUAACGUUCAGUAUAAUCAAAAGAUGACAUUAAGACGAUGCGGUAAAAAUUAAACUGUUGGAACAACGUAAACUCUUUUUAGCCGUCAAUACCAGCGCGCAUUCCAAGAACAACUUCAUAUAUUAACGUGUGGUGUCCUGCAUCGAGGAAUGAGAAAAACCGCGGCGUACAGCACCACAAUUGCACGCUCACGUGGAACGUCUUCCGUUGCUCAGACAAACAGUUAA